AUGCCCCGAGACGAACGGCGGGGCAGGGAGCGGGAGGGCCACAAGGAACGGGGAGAGAGGGAGAAGGAGCGAGAGCGACUGGUGGAUAGAGACAGAGGACGGGGCGAUCGAGAUCGGGAUAGGCACAGAGAGCGAGAGAAGGAGAGAGAGCGCCACCGAGAGAAGGAAAGAGAAAGGGAGAAGGAAAGGGGGGAGAGGGACAGGCUCCGGGAGAGAGAGAAGCAGCGGGAGAGGGACAGAGAACGCGAGCGGGAACGUGAGCGCGAGAGAGAGAGGGAACGAGAGCGAGAGCGAGAGAGAGAGAGAGAGCCAGAGAGGGCAAGGGACAGACUGGACCGAGACAGAGAUAGAAGCGGUUCUUUCUACAGGCGGAGCACUUGGCGUUCUGACAAUCGCAAGCCCUAUCGGUUUGACUCUCCGCCGCGUCUUGACGGGACGGAGGAGGACGGGGUAUCCACAGCGGCUGCAUUUGCAGCAGUGCCUGGUGCUGCUGCAGCUCUCAGCGGUGUAUUGACGGCGGGCACUACAGCCCUUGCAGGAGCUGCGGGAGCUGCGACUGGAGCUGUUGCUGCGGCUGGCAGCGCGGCUAUCCCCGGAGCGGCAGGCCUCGUGCAGCUCGAUCCAGCAACGACCAAAGCAGCAAGGGAGCUGUACAUUGGCAACCUUCCCCCGAACGUCGAGGUUCCGCAGCUCCUCGAGUUUUUAAAUGCAGCCAUGGCAGCCGUUGGAGGAGGCGUUCUGCCAGGGCCUCCCGCAGUCAAAGCCUGGCGCAGUAGUGAUGGGCACUAUGCGUUUGUGGAGUUUCGGACGAUGGAGGAGGCAUCGAACGCCAUGCAGCUGAACGGGCUGAGCUGUCUAGGGUUCAAUCUGCGGAUUGGAAGGCCUAAGACGUAUCCUAUGGAGCUGCAGCACAUCGUGCCUGCCCCGACGAUUCCCUUGCUACACCCAGCGGCAGCCCUCGCGUCUGCAGUCGUCACUCAGCUCACACAGCCAACGCAAAUGCCCCUUGGAGAAGUUGCGUCCGUUGCAGUCAACGCCAAGGCGGCGCUCGAGGCAGCACAGGCUGCAGCCAGAGCUGCUCAAGGUCAAAAUGGGGUUGAGGGGCCUUCUCAACCCGACAGGCUCUGCGUCUUGGGCCUCCCCGCGAGUAUGCCAGAAGAGAAGAUCCGCCAGCUGGUGGAGACUUUUGGGCCUCUUAAGACGUUCCACGUGCUCAAGAAAGACACUGAUGAUUCCCAGGUGGUGUGUGUGAUCGAGUACCAGGACACGGACUCGCAGCAGCAGGCUAUGGAAAUCCUUCACACGAAUUCUCCCUACAGAGUUGUCACUGCCGAGCAAGCCAUUAACGAGGGGGCUGUUUCCUCCUUCUUAAAAGAAAAGAUCUCUCUCGCUGGAUCCAGCGCUGCGCCACCACUGCUGAGGCCCCAAGUCUGCACUCGCGUUCUGGUCCUCCACAACAUCGUCACCCCCCAAGAUCUGCAGGAUGAUGACGAGUAUGCAGACAUCGUGGAGGACAUUCGCAUUGAAUGCGAAGAGUGCGGAGGCCGAGUAGUUGAGGUGCAGGUGCCUCGUAUGUGCCAAGACCCUUGCCUGGAUCCUCGGCAUAUCCACUAUCUUGACGAUGCCGCUCAGAAAACGGAGGACGGAGUGGACGCCGGCGAUGCUGCGGGCUCUGCUGUAGCUAUGGGAGUGAAGAGAGAGGAGCAGGGCAGGGGGCCAGCUGCUUCUGGGAGUGAGUCGGCCUCCGCAAAGGCAGAACAAACUGGGGUCAAAACGGAGGCAAAAGACAGUAAAGAGGGUGACGGAGACGAGAUGGUUACCGAGGAAAUGGUGCUGGACGCCGUGCAAGGCAAGACAAAGGUCAUGCCUCCGAUGGUUGGAUAUGCUUACGUCGCUUUCAUAGACUGCGAGGCUUCGGCGAAUGCGCGAAAGGCGCUAAACGGAAGGAAGUUCAGUGGUCGUGUGGUGGAGGCGCACUAUUUCUCCGAGUUACUCUUCCUGCAAAGAGCAUUUGCAUCUCCUACGCCCAACUUUUACAAGGGGCACUCCUGUCUGCAUUCGCCGGCCCUCGCUGCCCUUGUGAAGAACCUCAAGGAGGAAGCAGCUUCUAGCGGGGAGCAACAGCAUUCGUAA